AUGGUCAAAACCCUUAGAGGUAUAUGGAAAUUAUCUGAAAAACACUUGGUGAAAGAAGUGAGAGAAAAUUGGUUCUUAUUUGUCUUUGAUGUGAAAGCCAACUAUGAUAGAGUUAAAGAAGGACGAUCAUGGAAUUUUGAUAGAUCUAUGUUGGUCUUAAAAGAAUUUGAUGAGAAGUUAAUGGAGCCAGAGGACAUAGAUUUUGAUAGAGAAGAUUUUUGGAUCCAUAUUUUCGAUUUGCCUAUGAAAAUGAUGACAAAGGAGACUGCUAAUGUGAUUAGGUCAGCUAUAGGAAGCUUCAUAAAAGUAGAUGGUGGGGAUGAUGAUUUAGAGAUAGAUUUAUGA